AUGAAAGCUGUGAUCGCUAUCCCUGCGACGCUCGCCCUCGUUUACCGGGCUUAUUCUCACAAGUCGCUUACGCCGCUCGGCAUCUUGACUGCUGCACUAACCGCUGCCGCUCAUGCUGUUCACCCUUGGAACUUACCUUUCGUGCUUCUCUGCGUCUUUUUUCUAGCCGGAACUCGUGUCACCAAGAUAAAGGCAAAUGUCAAAUCGGGCCUUACGUUGCACUCUCAGGGAAGCGCUGGCGGCGAAGGCCCAAGGACUCAUGUCCAAGUGCUCGCAAACUCUCUAAUGGCCUCAAUCCUGACCCUUAUGCAUGCCUACCAGCUCCACAUGCGGCGAGAUACGGUAGUUACUCAUAAGGAGAUUCCGGAGGGCUCGUUCUGCUAUAGAUGGGGCGGAGAUAUAUUAGUUCUCGGCAUAAUCGCCAAUUAUGCCGCCGUUUGCGCUGAUACUUUCUCCUCCGAGCUAGGCAUCCUAUCGCGCAGCUCCCCAAGACUGAUCACCUCUUUCUCACUACGAAAGGUUCCUCCAGGCACCAACGGAGGUGUCACAAUAUGGGGAUUAGUCGCUGGACUCUUAGGGUCUAUGAUUAUCGUCGCUACUAGUCUAAUGUUUCUUCCCUUUUGCGGCGAGGAUACAAAGGACAAGAUCGGCGGCGGCGAGAGCUGGACUACCGGCCAGAAAGCUACGCUGGCUUGGGGAUUAUGUAUAUGGGGUGCGUUGGGCAGCCUGUUGGACAGCUUUCUUGGAGGUUGGUUUCAGAGGAGCGUUCGAGACGUGCGUUCGGGAAAAAUUGUCGAGGGCGAAGGAGGACUUCGUGUCUUAACUUCUCCAUCGGACGCCGAGCCCCAUACGCACCAGAAUACCGAAAAGAACGUUACUACUAACAUUAAAGCAAGUAUACUUCACGGAGAAGGAGGCGAUGCUGUCGAGAGCCGAUUAGAUUCUUCUAAAGCCGGCGCUGACAACUCUUCAAAGGAUCCUUACGACCCAAAGGAUAGACAUCGGAGUUCUCAUUUUGGCGACCGGAGGCCUACUCGAGUGGCUGAAAGCGGAUUUGAUUUACUAGAUAAUAAUGACGUCAACUUCCUAAUGGCCUUUACAAUGAGCGUCGGUGCAAUCGUGCUCGCUGGUUGGUAUUGGCAAGUACCUCUGGAGGAUAUCCUGAAGCCUUGA